AUGGAUCACAGUGCAAACUCCAUGAAGCAGCAGGAGCGGCAGCAACAGCCGCAAACAGCAGCAGCAGCAACAGCAGCAACGGCAGCAGCAGCAGCAGCAACAGCAGCAGCAGCAAAGAAGAACGGAACCAUGGGGGGCACCUGGACGCAGCCAUCUCAAGCAACUGAGCAGCAGCAGCAGCAGCAGCAGCAGCAGCAGCAGCAGCAGCAGCAGGAGCAGCAAAAGCCUCAAGCCGAAGAGCAGAAGCAGCAGCAGCAGCAGCAGCAGCAACAGCAGCAGGAUAAGCUUCAGAAGAUGGAGCAGCAGCAGCAAGACAAGCAGCAGCAGCAAAACAAGCAGCUGCAGCAGGACAAACCGCAGCAGCAGCAGCAGCAGCAGCAGCAGCAGCAGGAGAAGCAGCAGCAGCAGCAGCAGCAAGCAAGCCGCACUCCACCAUCCAAGACAGGCGACAGCAACACCAUGAAUUUAACUGCAGCAAAAAAAGAAGUGACAGCAGCAGCAGCAGCAGCAACUGCAGCAGCAGCAGCAGCAGCAGCAGCAGCAGCAGCAGAAGAUACAGCUAUUGCUACACCUAAGGCUCAGACAGCAGCAGCAGGAGCUGCCGAGACACCUGAAAGUAAACAACCAAUUACAAAGAAAGCAGUAACAGCAGCAGCAGCAGCAACAACAACAUCAGCAGCAGCAGCAGCAGCAGCAGCAACAGCAGCAGCAGCAGCAGCAGCAAAGAAACCCGCAACAACAAAAGCGAAGACCACUGCCACCGCAAAGGCAAACAAAAGCAGCAGCAGCAGCAGCAGCAGCAACAGCAGCAGCAGCAGCAGCGGGGGUACCUCCACCAUGGGGGCAAGUCCAGCAGGUGAGGAGAGCUUGCAGCAGCAGCAGCAGCAGCAGCAGCAGCUGCAGCAGCAGCAGAGCAGCAGCAGCAUACGACUGCCUAUUUGCUCUGCCAUAGCAGCAAAAUCAAAGACAAAACCAGCAGCAGCAGCAGCAGCAGCAGCAGCAGCAGCAGCAACAAACCAACCAAUAGAUUUCGGGGAGCCUCCUCACUUCAGCAGCACCAACAGCAGCAGCAGCAGCAGCAGCAGCAGCAGCAGCAGCAGCAGCAGCAAUAUGAAUGAGCUUGUUAAUCUAGCAACCUGGGGGGGAGGAGACUCCGCCAGAAGCAGCAUGUUGCUGCAGAGCUACUGCUCAGCUCCUGCUUCUCUUUCUCUUGACCUGCAGCAGCAGCAGCAGCAGCAGCAGCAGCAGCAGCAGCAGCAGCAGCAGCAGGAAAAGCAAGACCCCUCACCUUAA